AUGAUGCAUUCACUACCUGCAUCCGUGCAGAGCAACGGAGGUCUGACAAACUUGUACGCGUCUUCUCCUGGACAGUUGCAAACUUCUACGACCCACCAGGUCCCCCAGACAUUCCCGUCGAACCAGAUGCCGGCUUCGAUCUCCCAGCAGAUCUCCCACCAGACGCCCACCAGUCAAACUGCUCAGAAUAGCGUCAUCUCCACUCAGUACAUUCCGCAUCAGUCUCAGACCUUGACGGCCCCCACCAUCAGGAUCAAAGCUGAUUCCGUGUACAAGCCUGACUAUCCUCGCGAGUCCGGCGGGUUUGACUCGGCGAGCUUCUACAACGGUGUGCCUAGCGGUAUAGGAGGAGGCCGUCCUGCCACGGACUCCGGGUCUCUCGUGUCUGUGCCGGGAGGUGGACACAUCAUGCCGACGUUGGACGGUCUUGUCAUUCAGCAGGUCAAAGACAACUCCUCGCUGCGAGUUGACCCGAGAGACUACACGGGUUACAACGGAGUAGUCACCUUGGUGGACUGCAAGAACUCGAGGAUCCAAUUGGUUGGGCAAGUGAUCAAGCUCUCAUUGGGAAGAUCGGAACAUGUUGUCAUGUCUGUCGAGGCGCUCUCCGAAGCUUUCUCUGUGGACAGCAGCUCAGAUUGCACCAUCGCAAUCGCGGGAAAACUUCCUCCUGUGCAGAUCAAAUUCAGCAAGGGAAUAUCGAUUGUUGCUAUCAAGAACUUCGCGCAGGAUGUGAUUGAGACGCAUACUUGCGAGGGAAUAUCUCUUCACCCCGUGGAGACGAACUCUUCCAUGAGCGCCGAAAAGCUCUUGGCGCAGCGUCAUGACGCUGACGCUGUCUUCGUCCCGGACGGCAUCGGCGUCAUUCAGCAAUCUUCCAUGGGCUGGCAUCGAUACCAGCAUAUGUUGCAGAAGGUUGGCAUUGGCCUCCUUGUCGAGUCUGUCGUCCAGUCCGACCUCGGGUACACUUUUCCUCGGGACAGGAAGCGCCUCGUCAUCACGGAGCUGGUAGAGGGCAGCUCGGCUCAGACCUGCGGGGCAAUCAAGCCUAGCACGAGCUGA